AUGGAGGAUCGGAUAAUAGGGGGUGGCAGUGUCAUUAGGGAUCAUCGUGGUCGUUGUUUAGUGGGUUGUUACUCUCGGGAGAAUGACAACAAUGCUUUUAAGGCGGAGGCCUUAGCUUCGCCCGAUGUGCUUCAGCUGGCUUGGGAUAGAGGUUUUCGUAAAGUGAUAUGUGAUGUUGACUGUAUUGAUCUUGUGAAGGUAAUAACUGAUGCUGAAGCGGUACAUCGACACUCCGAGUAUCUGGUGCUGAGUUCCAUUUGCCAGUUGUUAGCUAAGCAAUGGGACGUGAAGCUUAACAGCUUUCAUCGGGAUAGCAAUGUUGUUGCGGAUUACUUAGCGAGGCGGGGUGCGAAUGAAAUCUUUCCUGGGUUUUGGAUUUUUGAUAGUCUAGAUCCGGACAUUGAGUACCUUCUGUUGAAGAAUUUGAUGUCCAUUCUGUAG